CGCACCGAAGUGACAUGCACUACUCACGUAGAUCGGGGCGGCGCCCGCUGCCCGGACCGUUCUAUAAUGUGCCGCGACGUCGCAACGACGACUUCACUCUUGUCCUGCUUACUCUACUCCUGUCAACGUUACGUCGGCACAGUGAGACAAGGUGGCGAGGUUCGAAUCACGUGUUAAUCCUAUCGAUAUACCUAUGGCGACCAUGAGCAACAGUAAUGGAUCAACAAUGCAGAUUAACACUCGACCUGACGACAUUCGAAAACGGAUUAUUGGAUCGGAUGACAGUGCACAGGGAGAUGCGACAACAUGUGGGAAUAUCUUGGUGAUAUUAUCGUGGAUUGUUGUAAUAUUGACAAUGCCAUUCUCUCUCUUUGUUUGUUUCAAGGUUGUACAAGAGUAUGAAAGAGCUGUCAUAUUUCGAUUAGGACGUCUUCUAUCAGGCGGUGCUAAAGGUCCCGGAAUUUUUUUCAUCCUGCCGUGCGUGGACAAUUACGCCCGCGUUGAUUUGCGAACACGGACAUAUGACGUACCCCCGCAAGAGGUAAUUAUACGCAAUUCUUAUUAUAAUAAUCGUCCUCCUCAGCAAUUUGACGUUGGCUCGAUUACUCCAACAAUCGAUGCAAAUUUUCGCAACGAUUGCCCUGGGUUAUCCGAAAUCAGCACUUGCAUCGAUACUGACAAUGAGCUGUUGGAGAAUUCUGUUUAUGUAGACACUGUAAAGCGAAGCGAGG